GCCAGGUCAGGUCAAUAUGCCGCCCAACACGUCGUCGGAUCUGGCUGUGGCCGCGCUGCACUCAGCGUCUGUUCGCGGUCAAGUCGAGCAAGUGAGAGCGAUCCUUACCGAUGGCGUCGACAUCAACAAGGCCAACAGAGACGGAUUCACCCCCCUUCACCUUGCUGCCAACUUUAAGCGGCCAGACGUCACACAACUUCUUCUCAACGCUGGAGCGGCGCCCGACGUGCGCAACAAAAAGGGUGAGACGCCGCUGAUGGUGGCGGCGUACAAGUGCGAUGAGGGGUCGGCAGCGAUGCUUGUGGCUGCCGGCGCAAACGUCAACAAGCCAAAGAAAGACAAGGUUACCCCUCUGGCGGUGGCAGUGCGGCAGAACUCGCACCCUAUUGUCGAGCUCUUGGUGAACGCCGGCGCCGAUCCGACCAAGACCGAUAUCAGCGGCGCGAACGUGCUCCAUGUAGCCGCGCUCAAGAACAGCAUCGACGUCGUUCCGCUCCUCCUGGCGACUGGCAAACUCGAUAUCAAUGGAAGGACCAAAAGCGGUGCAACCGCGCUCUACAUCGCAGCUGCACGAGGCAACAUCGAGAUCGGCGAACUACUUCUUGACGCUGGGGCGGAUCCAAACAUGGCGAACGAGGAUGGCGUGACGCCGCUCUACGUGGCCGCGCGCGAAGGCCAUGCCGAGAUCACAGACAUGCUGAUCUCUCGAGGUGCUAUCGUGGAUCGGGCCAAGGCUGAUGGCAAGACGGCGCUGUACGUCGCGACUCGUGGACACCACACUGUGACGGCGAAGGCGCUCAUUGAUGCCGGCGCGUGCAUCAACGCCGCUGACGCGGUAGGCGACACGCCGCUGCAUGCGGCGGCGCGUGCUGGAAACAGCAUCAUGGUGGCGCUGCUUGUUGCCGCUGGUGCCGAGUGCAACGCGGCAAGGAAGGAUGGGACAACGCCGCUGUAUGUGGCAUCGCGCGAGGGCCACGGCAGUGUGGUCACGGCCCUGCUUGCUGCCGGCGCCAAUCCCAACCAAGCCAAGCUCGAUGGCAGGACUCCGGUCUUCAUCGCAUCACGCAUGGGUCGACUCACGAUUCUUAAGACGCUGGCCCGGGCAGGCGCGGACCUCUACAGCGAGUGCAACGCCGGCAUCACGCCGCUCGACAAGGCUGCGCAGUUCGGGCACACGGACGUGGUCGAGUGGUACAAUGCUGGUGACGAUCGCGACACAUCCGCCGGUGGGACCGCGUCUAUGGUGGCCGAAGCGGCGCAUGUUGCGGAGCUGAUGGCCGCAGCGGAGUCUCGCGAGGCAAAUGUUAUAGCGCGCGAGGAAGAAGUCAGCGCGCGCGAAGCCAAGGUCAGCGCGCGCGAGGCCGAGGUCGAGGCCAAGACGCACGAGAUCCAUGCGCUCAAGCUCGAGGUGUACCGACUCCACUCGGAGAAGACCGAGCAGACGUCCGCACUCGAAGAGUUGCGCAACGAGCUCGCCGACCGUCGUGACGAGGUCAUUCGGCGCGAGAUCAAGCUUGCAGACGGCAUGGCCGUUCUCAAGGUCCGAGAGAACGAGCUCCGUCACCUGACAGCCGAGCUGGACAAGCGCAACAAUUUGUUGUGCGCAAAGUCAGACGAGAUCUUCGCUCAGAGCGCAGAGCUUGAGCGCCAAAAGGCCGAGAUGGGCACGCGCAUCACCGCGCUCGAGAUUGUCGACGCGAACGAGGCGCUCGCAGAUGUCACGGCGAGGGUCGAGGCCAAGAAGACAGAGCUGGCCGAGGCGACCAGAAUGCUGGCCGCUGUUGAGCGUGCAGCUGCCGAGUGCGAAGCCACGAUCGCGCAGCGCAAGGCCAAGCUCAAUGUCUACGUCCGUGACACGAUGGCCGAGUGCGAGGCUGUGCAGUCGGCGACAACGCAGGCAAACUCCGAGCUUGCGCGGCUGCAGGCCGAGGUGGCGAGGGCGCGGGCGCGGGCGACGGCGCUCCGCUCGAGUAUCGGAAGUAGCAACGUUGCCGAAGAGGGCGAUGUCGACUGCGACGAGCUCCACGAGUCGGAGGUCUUCUCCGACGGCACCGCAAGCACAGCAUCGUUCUCCGAGUCGUGGGUUCAGGUCAGCGACGACGACGACGAGGGGACAGCGACCAAUUUCGACGAUGGCGAGGUUGAUCUCGGCAACGACCAAGUCAUUGAGAUUGGCAACGAGGCUAAUGAGGAAGCGGGCGAGUCUGCACGUCAAUCCGGGUGGAUGGCGGCUUUCCUCUCGUAG